AUGAAAUGCGUUUGGAUCACCACCUCCGCUGGCGGUGGUGCCGAACAGAACUAUCUAAGGAUGUCGCGCAAUCAGGAAAAAGCGCAGUCGAUGCUAUAUCGUUUUAGACAGGCACAGGCUCAGGAGCUUGGUCUUCCGAUGCGGAAGAAUGAGCGCCGGCCCAAAGUCAUAACCACUGUCAACAGUGUACGUGACUGUGAUAAAUGGCGUGGUGAAGUGAUGCGUGAAAUUACGCGCAAAGUGGCCCGGAUUCAAGACUUUGGACUUACGGACUACGAAGUGAGGGAUUUGAAUGACGAAAUUAAUCACUUGUUUCGCGAGAAGGGGCAAUGGGAACGCCAGAUUGCCGCAUUGGGUGGAGCGAAUUACCGCACAGGCGUGCCACGAAUCUUGGAUGAUCAUGGAGAAGAGAUCCCUGGUAUGCGCGGCUAUCGGUACUAUGGUCGUGCAAAAGAUCUACCUGGUGUGAAGGAACACUUGAAUCCUGUAACGCUGCAGGAAGAAGGCAAGGAGUCUAGCAAGGUGCAAAAGUACAAACGAUUCCAGAACCAACCUGGUGUGUACUUUGGAAAUGACGACGAGAAGGAUGGCAUCUUACUCGAGCAAGAGAUGCAAAGUGAACAGCGCGGUUGGGAAAAGGGAUGUUCACGCAUCUUCGCUGCAUUAGAAAUACCGAAUGAGUCUUAUCCACCAAUUCCACGUGAUGAGCCAGUUGCGCUGCAUCUUGACGCCGUAUCACAAGGAGAGCAUGGGACUGGAAAGCCUGUGAAUGAAGCAACAAUGUCUGAUACCCCGACGAGUGACGCUCAAGAAUAUACCAUGACGCGAUACAUGAAUGCAUUGUUGCCAGAGGAGCUAGAAAUGCCAGUUGUGCCUGGCCGGCAAGAUAUCGAGACGUUCCUGCUAGAAGCGAAAAAGGCUGCCCUACGGAACGAAUGUACGUACACGCGAGCAAACUGA